CAACAGAAGCUGUAAAAUACACUCAUAAAAAUGUUCUGAUAAAGUAAAAACCUUCAGUUUUAUCACUGAUAUUCAGUGUUGCAAGUACUCACACCUUUCAAAUCACUUUAUUUGGCAAAUAUUUGCUAUGAAUUUAAUAUAAUAUCAAAGUAACAUGACUCCUUUAUAAACUUCUCAAACAAACGAAGCUUCAGUUCCUUGAAAUAAGUUUAAUAAAUACAAAUAUUUAUUGUCACGGGUUUCCACUUGGUUGUGUGAAGUAGUGAUGAGUUCAAAUUAAGGCCCUUGAAAGGUUGUAAAUAACAAAUGUAAAAGUGACUUGAUAUUAGUCUUCAUCACCACUUAAUAUAAUUAAAAUUUUUCAUUGAUGCAGAUUUCUUGUUUCAACUCAUGUUGAUACUAGCUAACUAUUUUCAGUCUCACAACGGAAAAAUAUAAGUUUUCCCCACUUUGGCUCGAUGACCGGGCACUUAUAGGCUAGCUUAAAUCGGUCAUGGGCAGGGAUAGACUGGCCAUCUGGCAUAUCACCUAUUUGAUUGGGGCGGGGAGGUUGCUGUGGGGAUUCUCUGAUCUGAUCACGUGUUUGGAACUACCUGAUUUUCAAAGGAUUGUUAUUAUUUAUUUGUUUGUCUUUAUCCAGAUGAGUCGAUUGAGGACAAGCAAUCAAAUCUGGAAGGAUUUGAUUGCUUGAUCAUAUUUUUGCUUUGCUUGUAUAUAUUUUGAUUAGAUCUGGAAAUAGUUGGAAAAAUUCUGAUACAACCUUACGAAACAACAAGCACGACCUUUUAAUUCAUCCUGAUGUAAUGGUAAUUAAAAAACCUUUACUAUCUUUCAAACACAAUACCAAACUAUUAUUUGAAAUAAAUUUACAUUCAUUGCUGCCUAAAAGUUUUAGAGCAUCAACGAAUUGUCCUAAAAAGAACUAAUUUCAUUAAAAACUACAUAUUUUCAGAAAAGGCACUUGGGCCUUUUGGGUGCCAUAGUUGGGUGCAAAAGGGGCGGGAUCAACUUCCGCAUUUGAGAAUCGAGACACCCUACGCACUCGCACCCCUGGUCGGGAUCACGCAAUUAAAGGGCGCAAGAGUGGAAUUGCGAGUAUUAUUGAGAAUGGGCCUUCGUGUUGGCGGGCGGAGUGCUCCCUUUACCGGAAAUGACGAAUCCGCGAAAGCAGGUUUCUGAUGAUCGUCACAUGACUGCAUAUAUCUAAUGUGUAACUUCAUCCAACAGUACAGGUGGCUACAGAGACUAGAAAGCUACCCUAGGCAUGACCAGAAGAAUGCCAUCAACAAAGGACGUACAUCGCAACCAACCGUCGCGGGGGUGAAACUAGCUUUAUCUAAAAAGCAGGCCAACCCCCAAAUAAAUUUUGUUUUGCUUAUAAACUGUAUCUGAGUGUCUGAUAGCGCUGUCUACGUGUGUAGUCAUUACGUUGGCAUUUUAGUUCAUCUUAUUUAAAAAUGUUCUACCUUAAUACCGUCACUGUGACGCCCCCUUCAGAUCAACAUGCAAAGUGCAAUUAGCCAACAGGUAAUGUGUGACAUCUGCUGCACUUAAACUCUUUAGUUAUUAUCAGGUUAGCGAUUUUUUUAGCAUAACAUUUAGUAAUUUAGAUAAUUACUACUUGGUCAUUUGUUAUUAGUGUUAGAGUAGGACAUUUGUUUUUCAAUAUAUUGAGUUUUCUCUUUAGUAGUUUUAGUGUAUUCUGUAUUAGGAUGGGGAAAAGAUGUAGUAUAGUGGGUUGCAACAGCACUGUGGGUUUGCAUCUGCUUCCACUAAACUUAGAAAUUAGGCGCCAGUGGUUGCGCGCAAUUGGCGUAGUGGAAAACCACAAACUCUCGCCUGAUACCAGAGUUUGUAAAAGGCAUUUUACUCGUGAUUCAUUUUCAAACGUGAUGGAGGUUGAGCUGGGUUAUGCUGGGCGUCUUCGUUUAAAGAGCGACGCCAUCCCCACCAUUGCGCUUCAACGUCCAAGUCAAAGUCUUCCACGUCCAAGUCAAAGGCCAACAGCUCUGCUGCCCCGCCAUUACCGAGAUUUGAGGCCCAAAUCUGAGGUUAGCAUGCAAAAUAAUUACCAUAAACAGCCAAAGUCUACCAAAGAGUCUGGCUGUCAGACUGAAUUUGUCAUCAGCAAGUCUGUACCUGUCCAGGCCGACCUGAAGCCUUACAGGCGAAGCAAAGCUACCCAGUCCAGAGCUCCUGGCCGCAGUGUGUCUUGUGACACUAGGAGCCUGAUGGAAAUCCCUUCUCCUGAAAUUCUCAGGGCAUCCUCUACGUCCUUGAAGAGACAAAGGUGUGCAGCAUCUGCUUCAGAUCCCAGCUUUCCUUUAAGUGAAAGUGCAAGCACCGUGAGCUGUGCAAGCACUUGCAUUGAGGACUGUCCUGACAAAGACAAGAAUUUCAGUGUUCCAGAGCAAAAACUGCUGGGGCUUUUCAGAAAUUGUCCUGUCUGCAGCAGUCAUUGCCAUGUUGACACAAUGACUGUCGGCACAGUGCUCCGUGUGACACAAUGUUGUUCAUGCUGUAAGCACCGUAAACAAUGGUCCAGUCAGCCCAAGGUGAAGAUCAUCGCGGCAGGAAACCUUCAGCUCUGAAUGAUUUCCCUCAUGAUGGGGAACUUUUAUUUAUACCUUGGUCGUCUCUCCGCAACAUACCUGAAAUGGACGUUAAGGUAUAAGCUAAUGUAGUUUGGGGCAGCAGGUGCACCUGUUGAGGUAGCCAUAUGAUAGCACUUGGGCUAACCUAAAUUUAGCUUCAUCAAUAGCUACAACGAGUUAGCACUCACAUGACCGACACCAUUCUAUGCAGCAAUGCCCUGACAGGCUCCGCACCAGGGGUCUUAGGCCACUCACAAGGAAUAAGAGAUAUGUCCUCCACCACAAAUGACUGCUUUGAGGAAAAGAAGCUAGCCUCUAUAUAUUAUUCCUUUUUUUAUUGUGCUUGUGACUUUGUAAUUUUACCUUGAAGGGCUCAGUACAAAUAACUUGUUUAUGGUAAUGGAAAUGCACACCAACUCGAAAAGUUGUGAUAUUACAUCAAUCUAUGGCACUCUGUUAAAAAUGACUUAAUUUUACGCAUUAAAAAAACUAAUUUGAUUUAUGAUGACAUAAGUCACAUAGUAAUUUUGAAAUGAAUGUUUUUUCUUUAAUUUUUUUCUGUUUUUGCCAGGCAGAUCUUGUCCCCCUGCUAAUACUUUAUAACAAAUGUGUGACAACUUUUCCAGUGUUCACGUUCCACAAAAUUAAACAUCAUUUGGAUUUGUUUGCACACCAGUUGUCACAACAAUAGUGAACAAAUCAAAUCAUACUCAAAUUCCUUCUCUACAAAACUUAAAAUGACUGUUUCAAAAUCACAGUGUAAAAAUGAGUUCCGUAAAUGUUAUUAUUUUUUUUUAAUCCAGUAGGGCAUUCAGAGAGCGGGUACAAAAAGGAUGGCCCUAAAAAAGUUGCAUUCAGUUCAACCGGAUAUCAUUCCUGGGUUCGCUUUGCUGUUUGUCUGCGAUUGGUCAGAUGCGUGAAGGGGCGGAGCCAGAGUGUUUGUUUCACGAGUAUUCAGGAAAAGUUGAAGUGAUUAUUUUGCUACCGAUCUUUUAUUUUUGGUUAAAAAUAUCUAAAGUUUAAGGGAUUUAUGUUUUCCUCUGAUUAUUUUCGCCUCGGGUUUUAUUCCGUCCCACUUGUUCUCGACUGGUAAAUGUCAAGUUUAAUGUUCAGAAUUCUAAACCGGAAAUGACAUUCUUUGAUCUUUAAAAUAAAAGCAUUGGUAAAAUGA